UCUGAAGACCCAUGUACAGUCCCUUUUUCCCUCUAAUUUCAUCUCUUCUCAUUCCUCCGCAAUCCCCAAUAUACCAUAACAUUGUACAAUCAAAGCCUUCAAAGAAACUGCCAGAUAGAUUUUUUAUUUCUGGCGGUCUCUAUGUAAUUUCUUCAAAAUGUUUGACUCUGGUUACAAGUCACAGUAUAUUGGAGGCCAGAAGGAGAAGUUCGUAAGGUUGGAUGAUCUGGAUUCGAAUUUGUCUUAUCAAUCAAGCUCAAGUGGGAUGAAAAAAUUAAGAUUCAAUUUAGAUUCUCUGCCACUUCCUGGUCGAGGAAGAAAAAGGGCAUCGAAAUCGUUUAGGCUAGGAGUGAAGAAGGGUUCGGAUGGACUAAAAACAUUUGGAAGAUCGCUGAAGAGUGGGGUGACAACAUGGGCAGUGUUCCCUGAAGACCUUAAAGUUUCAGAGAAAAAAGUGUUCGACCCUCAAGACAAGAACCUUCUGUAUUGGAACAAGUUUUUUGAGAUUCUAUGCAUUUUUUCUGUGGCUUGUGAUCCCUUCUUCUUCUAUCUUCCUUAUUUCAACCACAAAUCAUUUUGCCUCGCCAUAGAUAAUGAGCUAGCAAGUUUUGCUGUCACAUUGAGAACAAUAUGCGACGCCAUUUAUCUCAUCCGCAUAAGCUUUCAGUUCAACACUGCUUACAUUGCACCAUCAUCUCGGGUAUUUGGACGAGGUGAACUUGUCAUAGAUCCUACAAAGAUUGCCAAGAGAUACUUACGACGUUACUUCCUCAUUGACUUCUUUUCUGUGCUCCCUAUACCACAGAUUGUAGUGUGGAAAUAUCUUUACAGAUCAGGGCGUGUAGAGGUUCUGGAAACAAAAACGUUACUGCUGAGAAUUGUGAUUCUGCAAUAUUUUCCGAGAUUUAUACGUUUUCUACCUUUAGCUUCUGAAGUUAAAAAGACAGCUGGUGUUUUUUCUGAGAACGCACUGCUCGGGGCCAUGUACUAUUUGAUCUGGUAUAUGCUUGCUAGUCACAUAACUGGCUCUUGCUGGUACUUACUAUCCAUUGAACGUAAUGACACCUGUUGGAAGAAUGCUUGUAGAGCAGUUGAAGGGUGCAAUACACAUUUCUUGUACUGUGCGAAUUCCAACAAGCAUAUGCCAGGGUAUGAUAGUUGGAGAAACGUUAGCGAAACUGUUCUGAAAAGUCAGUGCUAUGUGGAGGAUGGUUCCUCAGAAUUUAGCUAUGGAAUCUUCUCUCAAGCUAUAGAGUCUGAUAUUGUGGCUUCCAUAGAAGUUUUUCCUAAGUUCUGUUACUGUUUAUGGUGGGGUCUUCAAAACUUGAGUACACUUGGUCAGGGGCUUCUAACCAGUACAUACCCUGCAGAGGUUAUGUUUUCCAUAGUAAUAGCUAUUAUGGGGCUUAUCCUUUUUGCUCUUCUGAUUGGAAACAUGCAGACCUACCUUCAAUCAAUGUCAGUUCGUCUUGAGGAAAUGAGGAUCAAAAGACGUGACUCUGAGCAAUGGAUGCAUCAUCGUUUGCUUCCCCCAGAACUAAGGGAAAGAGUGAGACGCUAUGAUCAAUACAAGUGGCUGAACACCCGUGGUGUAGAUGAAGAGAGCAUAGUUCAGAGUCUUCCAAAAGAUCUCAGGAGAGAUAUCAAACGGCAUCUUUGUUUGAAUUUAGUCAGAAGGGUUCCUCUCUUUGCCAACAUGGAUGAGCGUUUGCUUGAUGCUAUAUGUGAGAGAUUGAAGCCUAGUUUAUAUACAGAGGGAACUUACAUAGUGAGGGAAGGGGACCCAGUUAAUGAGAUGCACUUCAUCAUACGUGGGCGUCUAGAGAGUGUGACCACAGAUGGUGGAAGAAGUGGGUUUUUCAACAGAGGUCUUCUGAAGGAAAAUGACUUCUGUGGAGAGGAGCUACUAACGUGGGCAUUGGACCCAAAAUCUGGUUCUAACUUACCUUCAUCAACAAGAACUGUGAAGGCUAUAAAUGAGGUGGAGGCAUUUGCUUUGGAAGCAGAGGAGUUGAAAUUUGUUGCUUCCCAGUUUAGGCACAUCCACAGCAGACAGGUUCAGCACACCUUCCGUUUCUAUUCACAGCAGUGGAGAACAUGGGCUGCUAUCUACAUUCAAGCUGCGUGGAGGCGUCAUUGCAGGAGGAAGAUAGCAGAACAGCGCAGGAGGGAGGAAGAAGAAUUAUAUGACUCUGAUGAUUAUGACAACAGUGAUGAUUCUGCAAAAGCCUUGGUCAAGCAUUCUGAUGCGGCUGCUUUUCCCUCUUCUAACCUUGGACUUGCUACAACAGUCUAUGCAUCUCGCUUUGCUGCAAAUCUUCGUGGUCAUAGGCGUCGUGAUUCAAGUUCCAAGGAGAUACUCACACUCCAAAAGCCUCCAGAACCUGACUUCAGUGGUUUUGAUGAAAAGUGAUCCUCCUCCUCUUGUGGUUCAACCUGACUUGCAAGAUAUGCAUUCAUCAGUUGAUAUCACUAACGGUGUAGGCUUACGAGGUUCCACAAAUUUUUGUUUGGGUAACCUAGAACACGAGUCUAGGUUUGUUUAAUUUCUACUGAUGUUUUUUUAGAUAUAACAUCUAAUUGCACGCCAUUUUGCAUACGUCUGCAGGCUUGCUAGUAUUAGCUGUCAUGGUAUGUCUGCAAAUUUCAAAAUAUUUACCUAUGAGCAUAAUGUAAACUAUGCUUUCUAUUAACAGUGUACAAAAUGUGUAAAUGAUUAUACCACCAUUAAUUAUAUUUAGCACUUUCAAGCAGCUUAAGACUCAAUAAAACACGUCAAUAAGACUCAUGUCGAUUCUUCUUGUCUCCUAUACAAAGCAAGGAUUACUGAUAAAAAAUAAAUUAUCUUCCUUGAAUAUAUGUGAGCACAGCCAUUGACCACUACAUGCCGACAUACUAAAAA